CUGUCAGUUGUUUUUUUAUCCAACUCUCUAAUGGAGUUGAUUAUUAUUUGGCAGUAAUGAUUGGUCCAAAACUGCAAUCAUUUGAUCCUUGGCCUGCGAGCUCAACCUUGUUGUUUUCUGCGGCUAACUUAGCAGCAUGCUCUGGCCUAGAGUUUAGACUAUGUUUUUGCAGGGCUUACUUUAUUGUUUCAUUCAAGAAAAUCUUGAACCAUGUGGUUUACUCUUUUUUAGGGGAUCCCUUAUUUUCUGUUUAAUCAUGUUUGUGUUAAUCAUAAUUUGGUGUUUCAUUCAAGAAAGCUAUUCAUGAUGUGAUAUGCUCUCUUUGAGGCAAGACUGUGGUUGUGCUUUAGCCCCUGUCUCUCAUUGUCUCCUCUUUUUAUGCUUUCAUGGAUUCCUUUCGGCUUUAGAUGCUGGCCCUACCAUUUCAACUAUUUUGGGCCUUCAAAUUUCAUUGCUUUCUUACCACAACUUCUAGCCAUUCUUUGGAAGUUGAAUCCUUGUCCUUUGUGUUGACUAGCUCUGGUUUUUUUAUUCCCAUGAUUUAACAUUGCUUCAAGGCAGCUUGAUUAUUUCUCAAUCUUAAACUGAUGAUGCUGGUGCUCGUUUAAUCAACUUGAUUCAGCGAUAUAUCAGCUAUGGGUGAUCUGAAUCAUGGAAGCUCUCUCCCUCUACUUCUCUGUUUACAUCUGUUGUUGCCACUACUUCCGUUUGCUAUGGCAGAUAUAGCCUCCGAGAAGCAAGCGCUCCUUGCUUUUGCCUCUGCAGUCUACCGUGGCAACAAGCUGAAUUGGAGUCAAAAUAUCCCACUGUGCUCGUGGCAUGGUGUGAUAUGCUCACCGGAUCGAUCGCGUAUAUUGGCUCUUAGGGUGCCAGGUGCUGGUUUGAUUGGUACUAUUCCUGCUAAUACUCUUGGCAGGCUUGUGUUCCUCCAAGUUUUAAGCCUGAGGUCUAACCGUUUGAGUGGAAGCCUUCCAUACGAUGUUGCCUCACUUCCUUCUUUACAAGCCAUAUUUCUUCAGCACAACGAACUGUCAGGAGACUUGCCACCAUUUCUCUCCCCAAACCUUAAUACCCUUGAUCUCUCUUACAACUCCUUUACAGGAGAAAUCCCACCAGGUUUGCAGAAUCUUACCAAAUUAUCUAUCCUGAAUUUAGCAGGAAAUUCCCUGUCCGGGCCAAUUCCUGAUCUCAAACUUCCUAGCCUAAGACAGCUAAAUCUUAGCAACAAUGAACUGAAUGGUUCAAUUCCUCCCUUUCUCCAAAUCUUCUCAAAUAGCUCCUUCUUAGGGAACUCUGGAUUGUGUGGGCCGCCUCUACCCGAAUGUUCCUUUCUAUCUUCACCAACACCAUCGCAAGUGCCUUCACCAUCAAAAUUGCCACAUCAUGAGAAGAAGGCUGGCAAUGGCUUGGUAAUUGCGGCUGUCGCUGGGAGCUUUGUCAUAUUACUGCUAGCUGCUGUGAUGUUCACUAUGUGCAUUUCAAAGAGGAAGGAGAAGAAAGAUGAAGUGGGUUACAACGGUAAGGUUACUGAUGGUUUAAGGAUUGAGAAGCGCAAAGAGGAUGUCAGUAGCGGUGUCCAAAUGGCUCAUAAGAACAAGUUAGUUUUCUUGGAGGGAUGUAGUUACAACUUUGACUUAGAGGAUUUAUUGAGAGCAUCUGCCGAAGUUCUUGGAAAAGGGAGCUAUGGAACUGCCUACAAGGCUAUACUUGAGGAUAGCACUAGUGUGGUAGUCAAGAGGCUAAAGGAUGUUGUGGCAGGGAAGAAAGAAUUUGAGCAGCAGAUGGAGCUCAUAGGGAGGGUAGGUAAACAUGCAAACAUCGCACCUAUUCGUGCCUACUACUACUCGAAGGAUGAGAAGCUUGUUGUUUAUGAGUAUAUUGCUACUGGCAGCUUCUCGGCUCUGUUGCAUGGUAUUAAGGGCGUAUGUGAGAAGACCCCAUUAGAUUGGAACACCAGGAUGAAGAUUAUACUUGGUACAGCACGCGGUAUAGAGCACAUUCAUUCAGAAGGUGGCUCCAAGUUCGCACAUGGUAAUAUCAAGUCAACCAAUGUCCUGCUGGAUCAAGAACGCAACCCUUAUGUCUCAGACUAUGGGCUGAGCUCUUUGAUGAGCCUUCCAAUCAACACUUCCCGAGUUGGCACUGGUUACCGGGCUCAAGAGACCUUUGAAUCAAGGAAGUUCACUCACAAGUCUGACGUGUACAGUUUUGGUGUUCUCCUCAUGGAGAUGCUGACAGGCAAAGCCCCCCUUCAGUCACAGGGUCAGGAUGAUGUCGCCAUUGAUCUACCAAGAUGGGUGCACUCAGUGGUCCGCGAGGAGUGGACUGCUGAAGUGUUUGAUGUCCAGCUGAUGAAGUAUCCCAACAUAGAAGACGAACUGGUCCAGAUGCUCCAUAUCGCCAUGGCAUGCACGGCGUGGUCUCCAGACCGACGUCCAACAAUGGCAGAGGUCAUCAGGAUGAUGGAGGAGCUCCGGCGGCCUGCUUCUGAGAGCCGCACUCCCUCCAUUGGCAAUCCCAAGGAGUCGAGUCCUCUGUCAGCCUGAAUUGUUAGAUCUUUCAGUCUAAUCCGUGAUUCUGAUUCAGAAUUCGUGUAUCCAUAUCAUUGAUGAUGUCCUGUAUGUGGUGCUGAGGAGGCACUGGGACCAUACAGCGUUGUAUCGUUAUAUAUAGCUGUAGCGUUAUUCCCGGUGCACACAUUGUCUGCCUACUCAUCCUACCAUGCUACCGUAACUUUGGUUCAAUGGAAUGUUCAAGAAACAAUGGCGGAAUAGCUAUUUUCGUC